AUGAAGUACUGGGGUGGAGCGGCAGUCAACAGUGAAAAAUGUGCAUGUGGAAUGACCAACAGCUGUGCAGGUGGAUGGAAAUGUAAUUGUGACAAGAAUGACAAUGCAUGGCGUGAAGACAGUGGAUAUCUGACAGACAAGAACACACUGCCUGUUACUGAGCUGAGAUUUGGCGAUACCGACCCUAGUUUUAACGAGAAAGG